CGUCACGGGGUCCAGGAAUGGCGGCGCUGUCUGCAGAGGGAAGCAGCCCGAAGAGCCCGAAACUUUAUUCGUAACAUCUCUCAGCGGCUACGCUAACUUCACCGCUCCAAAUCUGUCUAAAUCUGCCGCUUAAAGAGCCAGAGCAACGGCGGAACCCAGUCUCGACGCUGUUACAUUUGAAUUCCGACGUCCCGGUCUCUAUUAGUUUGCUUGACUUUUCGAGGGCCGAAAGACAAGAGCAAAGACAGCGAGUAACGGUACACAAAAACAACAACAACAACAACCGCCUCAAACUGCCCUCUUUUGGGUUCGUACUUUUCAUUUAAAGUGUUUUUGUAGUUUCCUGUUUUGCACAUACACUGAAAGGCACGUCACUGGCCCGAUAAGUGAAGCCAACAGCUGCGGGUUUAAUGCCACGAUGGAGAGUUUAACACUUAGCGAUGUUGAGCAGAAAUAUUACUCGGAACUCUUCCUCUCCUGUGAUGUGGACAAUACAAAGAAAGUGGCUUCCAAUGGCAAGGUUCUGGACCUUUUCCGGGCGGCCCAGCUCUCAAGUGAGUUGGUCCAUCAGAUCACUGAACUCUGCGGUGCCACACGUCUCGGCCAUUUUGGUCGAAGUCAAUUCUACAUUGCACUGAAGCUCAUAGCACUGGCCCAGUCUGGACUGCCUCUGCGCAUGGAGAGUCUGAAUAGUGUCAGGGGUCUGCCCCUUCCUCGCUUUGUGAUGGGCAAAAACGAGCUGGAGACGAGGCAUGCGGCCAUGUUUGCAGAUGCAGAGAACCAGGGGCCCUUCUCUGGCAUCAUCCCCAGACCUCCAGGCAGAGUGCAAACCAAAAAAGUGUCAACCCAUGAGAUGAUUCAGCCCUGUGUGCCCACCGUCGAUCCCCAGCCGGACACCACGUCUCCUGUAGUGUCUCCACACCAGUCCCCUCCCACUUCGCCCCAUGUCUGGAGGAAGCACAAACGGCAGGCCAGUGGUGGAAACCUGGACAGACAGCCCUCCGUGCCGGGAGUUGUUUGGCCAACAUUUAGAGAAGCACAGCCAGGACCAGUAACAGGUGAUGGGAUAUGGUCCGCCCACUCACCCCCUCCUGUCCAGGAAAGCUGGGUCAGCUUUACAGACACGCCCCCUUCUAGCACACUUCCAAUGCAACCCUCCUCGGCUCAGCCGGAGAGCAUUACAGGACGAACUGUGCUGUCUGCAUUGAAUAUAAAUGAAAUCCAAAGACAGACCAGCGGUUACGAUGACCCCUGGAAAAUCACAGAUGAGCAAAGACAGUAUUACAUAAACCAGUUUAAGACCAUUCAGACUGAUCUCACUGGUUUAAUCCCUGGCUCUGCCGCGAAGGAAUUCUUUACGAAGUCGAAACUGCCUAUUCUAGAACUGUCUCACAUUUGGGAGCUAUCAGAUUUUGAUAAAGAUGGUGCACUGACCCUGGAUGAAUUCUGUGCUGCAUUUCAUCUUGUGGUUGCAAGAAAAAAUGGUUAUGACCUUCCUGAAAAGCUCCCAGAGAGCCUAAUGCCAAAGCUUAUUGACUUGGAUGACUCAGCAGGAGUCCCAGAACCUGUCCCUGAUGUGGGCUUCUCUGCUUCCCCUGUGGAGGUCACUCCAAACAAGUCUCCGUCCAUGCCUUCCCUGAACCAGAACUGGCCUGAGCUCAACCAGAGCAAUGAGCAGUGGGAGACUUUUAGCGAACGCUCCUCAAGCUCACAAACUCUGACCCAAUUUGAUUCUAACAUUGCACCAGCUGAUCCUGAUACAGCAAUAGUCCACCCUGUGCCAAUUCGCAUGACGCCCAGUAAGAUCCACAUGCAAGAAAUGGAGCUCAAGAGAACUGGAAGUGAGCACACACAUCCAACUAGUCCACUAAUGGCAAAAGCACCAGAGCUCACGGAUGAGGCUAAGCUAGCAACAGCAAUUAAGUUUCCUGGUACCACUGUCGACCCAUUAGACUUCCCUCCUACACGAGAUGGCUAUAGCAGCUCAGAUUCAUUUACAUCGGAUCAAGAACCCAUUUCCAGUGCUGUGAACAGGCAAAGGUCUCAUUCUGGGACGUCUCCGGAGGGACUGAUAGUUGUGGCUCCGCCCCCACCACCACCCCGCCCCAACGCCUCUCACUCACGGUCCUCCUCUCUAGACAUGAACAGAACCUUUGCUGCCGUUCCUGCAGCAGGUUCUCAGCAGGCAGGUGUAGUGGCCUUUCCUCCCGCAGUGCCACCUAGACCACUGCCCACACAGACAUCAGUGCCACAAGGUCACCGUUCUGUAGAGGGAGACGGUCUUCCAGUACAUACCAGCACAUCACCUCAUCAAAUACCACAACAGCCCAACUUUGCUGACUUCAGCCAGUUCCAGGCUUUUGCUGUGGAUCAGCCAGCAGAUGAUGCAGAGAUACUAUCAGACAGUGGACAGGCAGAAAGAUGUGCAGAAGCUACAGUGACGAUUAGAACAGUGAAGAAUGACGUUCAGGCAGAAGAAAAAAAUCCAGCCACGGUCAGCUCUCAGGCCAAAGUAUCGACUCCAUUGGCCCCGCCUCCCAAACCCAUCCGUCGAAGACUGAAAUCAGAAGACGAGCUCAGACCAGAUAUAGAGGACCUCCCACAAAAGUCUAAUGUCAUAGCCACUGUUCUAGCAACUCAGCCCUCAAUUCCACGGUCUUUUGGUAAGGAUAAGAAGGCCAUCCAGGCGUCCAUUAGAAGAAACAAAGAAACGAAUACGGUUUUAGCCAGACUCAACAGUGAAUUACAGCAGCAAUUGAAGGACCUGCUAGAAGAAAGAAUAUCGCUUGAAGUGCAACUGGAACAGCUUAGGCCUUUUUCGCAUUUGUAACCAGAGUGUGUGUGUGUGCGCGCGCUCGCACACUUCAAAUUGAAUGUGUGGAUGUAAAGAGUGAAUAACCCCUGUUUUUUUUUGUUUUUUGUUUGAAUGGUCAGUUGGAUCCUCUGGUAGGAUAUCCAUUUCACCCCCUGUCUCUACUCUGACCAUGUGAGAAGAGACAAAUUUGCUGCUUCCUCCAGAGCUCUCGGUCUCACAUAGCCAGAGGCCAGAGCCAGACGUUCAGAGGGACAUGGGCCCCGAACAUUAUCUGUUAUGGCACUUUGAUGUGCCAUAACCCCCCCCUCCAAACUGGACAUGUAAUAUUAGAAUAGACUGAGUCAAGGGCCUGGUUUCAGGGUAAAUGAGUCUGUACCUGAAGGACUUCCUUUCCCUCCUGUUCCCAGUGGUGAAUAUCCAGAGAAAUCGAGGCAGCUUGUCACGUUCUUCCAUGUUAGAGGCAACCAUUUGUGCUCAGACAAUCAUGCGAGGCUGUGCACUUGCCAAGAAGAGGGGAGAACUGAUAUUUGGGAGAUCUUUCAAAAGUACAUUUAAAGGGAUAUUACAUCCAAAAAUGAAAAUGUUGUUGUUAUUUACUCACCCACAUGUUGUUCUAAGCCUGUAUGAACACAAAGGUUUUUUGGACUUUUUUCCAUGCAAUUACAGUGAAUGGGGAUUGAGGAUUUCAAGCUUCAGAAGUGUAAUAAAAUUGGUCCGUUGGACUUUUGCGCUACAUUCUAAGUCUUCUGAAGUAUACAAUAGCUUUGUGUGAGUAACAGAUUGAAAUGUAAGUAAUUAUUCACUGAUAAUCUUCCCCUACAGUGAGCUGUUAACCACUGCAACCAGAUCAAUGAGUCAAUGAGCUGAACUCAUGAACCUGAUCAGUCUGAUUCUUGAUUUUGAACUCCAAAGAGUGUAACAUAAUGACUUAAGAUCCAGUCUAUUCCUCACACAAAGCUAUCGUGUGGCUUCAGAAACUUUGAUGUAGCACACAACUCAUAUGGACCACUUUUCUGUUUAUGGUGCGUUUUUGUCAUUUUGGAGCAUAACAGCCCCAGUCCUCAUUAAUUUUGAUAAUAUGGAAAAGAGUGAACAGGAUAAAAAGGUUUUGUGUUCUAUAGAAGAAAGUAAGUUAAAUGGGUUUGGAAUGAUAUGAGUGUGAAUAAAUGAUGACGUCAUUUUCAUUUGGGAGUUAUCUAUUCCUUUAAGACUAAAUCAGUCUAAAUCUCGUUCCUAAAAAUUCCUGGACAAGAUGUCUGUGUUUGAUGUUUCAUGUGUGUGAGAGAAAGUUUAAGGAUAACAGUUACAAAUGUAUGGCAUCAAAGACUGCUUUAUUUUUGUCUCAUAACACACACUGUGGUAUAACAAUUCAUUCAACCUUGUACAGUUUACCACAGGAUGUUCUCCCACUCUCCUUAUUCAAUUUUACUUGUACCUCGCACGGUACAACAUCAGAUUCCAUCCUGCAUCAAAAACGUUGUCAUUAGUACAAAAAUGUGAGACCUGAAAAAAUGAAUGCACUUUGCCCCUACACUUUCAUUUGUCUUUUCUCGUCACAAUUUUUGCAUGUCGUUUCACAAUCUUAUUUUAUUUAAAAAAGGCUCUUAACAUCGAACCACUUGAUUUGUAACUGUAACGUCUGAACUAGUGUAACAUUGGUGUUGUUACAUAGAUUUACACCAUGUUUCAUUCAUCCAUUUGUUUUGACUAUAUGUUUUCUUUUACUUGUCCUUAAAGCCUUACUUCCUGGUGGGCAGGUUUUCACAGUAAUGCGUCCCCUGUGUUAAAUCAAGGUGAGCCUUCUCUCCCUGCUGUUCAAGCUGAUUUACUGUAUCAGGGGUAUGUUAUAUUGUAUGAUACACACCUUUUGAUCUCAUAUGUACAUUUGCGUUGAUUGCUGACUAACAGCAAAUAUUCUAUUUAAUUGCUUAUAUAAUGGCUGUGGGAUCAUAAAUGUUUAACUGCAUGGAUGUGUCUCUGCAGAAUGAACUAGCAGCUGUGUGAUUUUUACACAAAAUAAAAACGGCACAAUAUUUUAAUAAUUUCCUUUUUUGUCGGGCACCCCAACUAUUUUCAGUCCCAACAUUUUAUGUCAUGUUUUUGUUACUUUAAUAAUAAUUUACUAAAAUUAUAUACCCUAUUUAUCUUGUUACAUGAGUUUGGAUGAGAAUGUACACUUGUGUUUGAAUCCUACAAAGAAAUGACUGGGUUGUAUUUCACCCCAAGAAAGUUUAUAAUGGUAAAGCUUUUUCUUUCUUUUUUUUACAGCAUCACAUUAAUUUCAUGACAAUUUCCCAUUCACUCC